AUGGAGGGCAGGCUGAGGAGCUGGCAAACCAUGUCAAUAGUAAACAUAAUCAUAAAAAGGUUCUUCAUAUGAUUGAUACAGGGUCAUGAGACAACCCCCCCCCCCCCCCAUAAUUUUUCGUCUCAUUGACAGGCUCGCCCUUAUUUUACAGCAGCGCUAGCGCGGUUGCCUCACUUGACCACCAGGGUUCAGUAGCCUCCCAUGUAGCAGCCUCAUCCUCCUUACCUUUACGCUCAACUGAAAACCCGAGCGUUGAGUAAAUACAACUGGUCAUACUUAAAACUAAGUUAAGUGUAGCUCGGACAAUUGUUAAGUAAACACUUACGCUUUAUAACCCGGAGGUAUGGACAAUAUAAUGCGUUAUAAAGUUAUGCAGCCUAUUUACCAUUACAUUCAACAACAGGAUUAUCCUACUCACUGUUUAUCCUUUGGUUUAACUUAAUGAUUCAUGCAAAGAAAAAGUGAAGCCUACUUAAAUUAGGCUUAUAUGGGCCGCAUAUGAAUCAGAAAACCGUAUGACUUUGAAUCAUAAUUCCCACGUCGCAUUAUAGGCAACUUGGGAGAUGAGAAUGGAUAGAUGCAGACUUCUGUCAUUCCUACUACUUACUAUAUAACAAUUCAUGCAUGCUAAUAGCGUCCAACCGUGCCGAUAAAAGGGACCAGACGAUGUGACUCACAUCCAUGCAAAUAAAAAAAACGUGGCGCGGCUCAAACGUUAUCAGUUAGACGCUCUGGUUUUAGGGGGCGUUAAGGUGAGCUCCAGUAGGUUUAACUAUCUUUGGUUUACCAGCAACUUCGAUGAGCGACGGACGAGAAAGGAGCCUGGUUUUCAGUGGGCCUAUUAUAACGGUUCUUCUUCCCGUCUCUGGGAAGGAAGCACGGUCGGAGCCGAACGACCCAGACACUGACCGGCGUCUGCAGACAACAACGGGGAGAGUGGCGGCGGUCGCCGUCCCGUGUGCCCCCCUGCGGAAAUGGAAAUGACCACCAGCGGUUCAAACGGCGACUCGAAAGGCGAUUAUGUCAAUCGCGAUGGGCUGAACGGAGGAAACAGUGGAGACACGACCGAGAUAACCGUGCCUCUGACUCUGCCCAAGCGGAUGACGCCCGUGGAGGGCAACAAUCUAUACCGAUUACGGGACAGGAAAUUUGUGCUGGAGGAUAAAAAGCGUCUCUGCGCGUGGGCUCUGGGCGUCGCGCUCCUCGGCAUCCUGCUGAUGAUCUGCCGCGCCGAGAUGUGCCCGUCUGUUUAUCAUCCGGGUUCUUCCUAUUCCUUCAUCAUCAGCUGCUCCAUCAGUAUGUCUACAGCCUGUCUGCUGGUCCUCAUCAUAGCUUUCCAUUAUAAAGACAUUAGGCUCUUCAUCAUCGACCACCACCACGUGGACUGGCGCAUCGCUAUGACCGGCCACAAGAUGCUGCUCAUCUCCCUGGAGCUGCUGGUGUGCGCGGUGCACCCCGUGGGGACCUACUGGGAGGUGGCCCUCUCCACCCCGGAGUGGCGCACCCAGCGCCUCGACGCCAACACCUCCCUCUCGCCCACGGCGUCCGUGCUGUGCGUGUCGGAGCGGCACGGCGAGCGCGUGGCGGACGCGGAGCUGCUGCUGUCCCUGCUGAUGUUCCUGCGGCUGUACCUGGUGCACCGCGCCAUCCUGCUGCACAGCAAGGUGCUGCUGAGCGCCUCGUACCGCAGCAUCGGCUCGCUCAACAACAUCAACUUCACCUUCCGCUUCGUGCUCAAGGUGCUGAUGGACAAGUACCCGGCGCGCACCCUGCUGGCGUUCAUCCUGCUCAUCUGGCUGGUGGCGUCAUGGAUGCUCACCCUGUGCGAGAGGCAGAAGCAGCAGGUGAAGACGGGGAACAUGGACACGGCCCUGUGGCUCAUCGCCAUCACCUUCCUCACCGUUGGUUACGGCGACGUAUCGCCAGAGACGAGCUGCGGCAAGGGCGUGUGUCUUCUCACCGGCGUCAUGGGCGUAGCAUGCACUGCCAUGCUGGUGGCGGUAGUGACUAAGAAGCUGGCCUUGAACAAAGGAGAGAAGCACGUCCACUUCUUCAUGCUGGAUAUCCAGAUCUCUAAGAGGAUCCGGCACGCGGCCGCCAACGUCCUGAGGGAGUGCUGGCUGCGUCACCGCACCAACCUCUGCCGCAGGAGCAACGCCGAGCAGCGCAGACACCAGCGGUGCCUGCUGGAGGCCAUCAGAGUAUUCCGCCACCUGCGUCUCAAGCAGAGGAAGCUGAGAGACUACGCCAGUGAGAUGGUGGACCUCCCGAAGAUGCAGAUGAUCAUGUGCGACCUGAGCGCCAACUGGAACAACUCGUACCGGGAGCUGGAGCAGCGCAUCCUGUCCAUGGAGCAGAAGCUAGACGAUCUGAACCAAUGCUUCCAGCAGACUUCCGAGCUCCUGUCCCGAGCGCUGUGCCACCGCAACCCAGAUAUCAGGUAGCACAGUCGGGACUCUUUGGCCACUCUCGGGAGUCAGGUCCGUUGGAACUCAGUCUAGCCAAGUAUGAAGCCAGUAGAUAACACACCAAUAACACGGUAACAUGCCGCAACAUGAAAACCUGCACAAUAUAAUAUCUUGAUUGGUCGUUCUAAAGCUGCUCAACAGAUACAAACCCUGUAUGAACCACACUGAAUGUACUUCAAAGAAGUAUGAUUUAUUUUAUUUUAUAUGUUAAAUGCUACAUAGACUUUUGGAGACUAUUCUGUAGUCUCUGGCCUGUAUGAAUAUUAGUGUGUUGAUUUCGCUACAUUUCAUAAAGAGGCUAACAUUGCCUUAUUCCUGGGGAAUACAAAAAUAUAUUUUGUAGGAAAGUGCUUGCUUCUGACGCAUCGCUGUUUAGCUUCUACUUGAAAUGAAAAGUUAAAAAGCCCACAAAUUGAUUAUAAUUGUUUGCUACAAA